AUGUGUCGCGCUUUUUCCAAGAUUACGAGUCAAAAAAAUGGGUUACAUGCAAGUGCAAAUGUCUUAAAAUGUGACAUUACCUUAAAAAAAACCUCAAGCAAGAAUGUAGCUUCGGUUGCCACUCUUCCACCUCUUCCUCAAAUUCCACAAAAAUAUUGUAGAUCUCGAUUCGAAGAAGGUGAUAUGGUACUUUUACGAGAUACUCAAAAAAGAAUUAAAAGUUCAAGAGUUUUCUUAAUUGGCCCAUUAAAAAUUGGUAAUAAAAAAGAAAUUCCAGGUGGUAUUUUGGAUCAUUCUAAUAUUAUCGGAAAGUCUGUUAGAGAUAUUGUAAAGACUAAUAAAGAUAAGUCAUAUACUAUACAUUUCCCUACUUUGGAUGAGUAUGUUGUUAUGAUACCACGUUUGAUGACACCUAUAUAUCCGAAAGAUGCUAGUACUAUAGUGGCCUUACUUGAUUUACACCCGUAUUCUCGAAUAAUGGAAGCUGGAACAGGUAAUGGAUCUUUAACUCUCUAUUUGGCAAGAUCUUUAUAUCCCACUGGUCAUUUACAUUCUAUAGAUAUUAAUCGUGAUGCCAGUAUUAAGGCACGUGGAAAUGUUGCGCGUUUUUCACGUGGAAUAUAUUCCGAUUAUGUAUCGUUCAGCAUAGGUCAAUGUUCAAAAGUACUUAAUUCUAUGGAUAUUACCCUUUCAAUAUAUGAUGGUGUGGCAUUAGAUAUGCCUGAACCGUGGAAUGAACUACCUUCAAUCAUUCCACGCCUGAAAAUUGAUAGGUACAUUGUGUGCUAUUUGCCAAAUAUGACUCAAGUAUUAGAAUUAAUAAAACAAAUCAAAUAUCAUAAAAUCGCGUUAGCAACUGAGCAAGUUCUAGAAAUACAAUGGAGACCAUGGAAUGUUAGAGCCACAGUUAUAAGAGACAAAAUGGGUGAUGAAAACUUUUCUGUUAAACAAUUAACUCUAAAUGAUGAGAUACCUGAUCAAGCUUUAGGUCAUAUUUGUCGACCUUCACAUGAACCGACUGGACAUACUGCAUUUUUA